CGGUGUUGCAAUCCAGCUCCUGUGCGCCGACAAUGCGACGCUCGCUCCUCUGCUCGCAGUGCGCUCGCCGCGGCUCCGUGGCGCCGCGCCACCGCCUCCUCUCGUCGCUGCCCGCCGGGGUCUCGCCCAGCCGCGGCGCCAGCCCGCUGAGCGUCGUGCAGGACGCCAUCGCGGCCGGCAUCCUGAACGAGGACCCCAAGCAGAUGGCGGCGCUGCUCAAGCUCGACGCGCUGGCGAGCAGGCUAAAGGACUGGGAGCCGCCUGCAAUAGGGCCCGCGGCCUCCGAGAGCGGGACGUCCGGCGGCGGCCUCUGGGGGUCCAUCAGCUCUGUCUUUGGCGGCGGCGGCGGCGGCGACAGCGGCGGCGGCGGCACCGCGACAGCGCAAUCUCUCGACGACGUGGCGGCGCCGCUGGGGCUGUACAUGUACGGCGGCGUCGGCUGCGGCAAGUCGCUCAUCAUGGACACCUUUUUCGAUUGCGUCGACCUGCCGAGCGAGAAGAAGCGGCGCGUCCACUUCCACGAGUUCAUGCUCGAGAUCCAUAAGCGGCUGCACGAGCACCGGCAGGCGGCGCAGCUGCGGAAACUGCUCUUGCCACGCGCGCUCCCCGAUGGGCCACCCGCGCUUGCCAUCUCCGCACCCCACUCGGCGGCGCUGCUCUGUUUUGAUGAGUUCCAAGUGACGGACGUGGCCGACGCGCUCGUCAUCCGCCGGCUGUUCCACCAGCUCUUCUCGCACGGCAUCGUGAUGGUCGCCACCUCGAACCGGCCUCCCGACGACCUCUACAAAAACGGGCUGCAGCGCCCGCUCUUUGUUCCCUUCAUCGGCGACCUGAAGCAGCGGUGCGAGGUCCACGACCUCGACUCGCCCAACGACUACCGCAUGCUCAAGCACCUCGCUCGCGCCGGCCGCACCUACAUGACCCCGCUCGGCCCCGACACGGACGAGGCGAUGGACGAGUUCUUCGGCCUACUCACCAAGGGCAGGGGCACCAAACCGCUCACGCUGCAGCUGAGGGGCCGCAAGCUCAAGGUGGAGCGCGCGGCCCGCAAGGUGGACGUCGCGCGCUUUGGCUUCGACGAGCUGUGUGGCAAGCCGCUCGGCGCCGAGGACUAUCUCGGCCUCGCCUCCGCCUUCCACACGAUCUUUGUCGAGUCGGUGCCGCAGCUCAGCUUCAAUGACAUCAACAGAGUCCGCCGAUUCAUCACCCUCAUCGACUCGCUCUACGAGAAGCGAACGCUGUACGCCGUCGAUGAGGCGAACUCGGACGAGUCUUUUGCCUUCGACCGGACCGUCUCGCGCCUGAACGAGAUGAGCUCCUCCGAGUACCUGAUCCGGUCAAUCUCGGCGCACGAGAAGGCGAAGGGGACGCUGCUGGUCUACGAGUCGGAUUCGGCGCCAGCGGAGCAGGGCCUUGCGGCCUCCUCUCGGCGUGCGCUCGAGAUUCCGGAGCUGCGCUUGCUAAUGAUGGACCUCUCCGAGCGGAUGCGCGGCCACCGCAACGUGGAGGACGCAGAGGUGGAGCACGCGUUUGCGCUGAUGGAUGCGAACGGCAACGGCGAGGUGACGCAGUACGAGUUUACCGACGUCUUCGCCAACUCGAGCCUGACACAAGUUGUCGCUGCGUACGGCGAGACGCUGCCGGAGAACGCGCUUCCACAACCGUCUCAAUCGGGACGCAUCAAUCGGGACGCGUGACGGGCGGCUUGUCGGGUCGCAGAAGACGCGCGAGUAGAGGGUUGCACUGCGGGCCGCGUCGCGCCGGUGUCUCCCGGCGGGCUCGGGCGGGGAGGCAGUCCGAGCUGCUGAGCGAUCAUCCAUCCGCCAGUCGCGCACACACUGAUCAUUGUGGAGGAGGGCAUGCCCGAACCGAUCGCACAUAUCGUUCAGGGUUAGAGAGGCGCGGGCGGCGCGAGGGCCGGGUGAGCCGUGUGUGACGUGUGAGAGAGAGACAGGUGCGCGGAGUCGCGCGAGUCGCGCGAGGCAACAAGAGGCAGACUCAGAGCACAGAUGGGUGUUGUGAGGACACAGCGUCAGCGCGAAACGCCCGAAACCCCGGGAACCGAGAUCCGAGUCUGGAGUCUCCCCGACGCGAGAGCCGGUGCCCGUGCGGGGAGACGCCCUCUCGUCAUGAGUUCUUUCUUUACUACGCGUGUGGAUUACAUUUUC